AUGCCCCAGAAUCCUAUUCAAGUGUUGGAAGUCUUUGACGUUUGGGGCAUCGAUUUCAUGGGACCAUUUCCAUCUUCGAGUGGAAAUCGGUACAUCCUCGUUGCGAUUGACUACGUUUCGAAGUGGGUGGAAGCUCAAGCUUUGCCUACUAACGAUGCACGAGUGGUGAUGAGGUUCUUGAAGAAGCUGUUUACGCGAUUUAGUACGCCUAGAGCCAUUAUUAGUGAUCGAGGCACGCAUUUUUGCAAUGCGGUUAUGGAGAAGGCGUUGGAGAGAUAUGGAGUUACGCACCACUUGUCUACCGCGUAUCAUCCGCAAACGAGCGGUCAAGUGGAGAACGCGAAUCGAGGAGUAAAGAGGAUUUUGGAGAAGACGGUAGGGAAGAGUCGGCAGGAUUGGUCCGACAAGUUGGACGAUGCGUUGUGGGCUUUCCGAACCGCCUACAAGACGCCAUUAGGGACGACACCGUUUAUGAUCGUUUAUGGGAAAGCGUGCCAUUUACCGGUCGAGUUAGAGCAUCGGGCUCUUUGGGCGCUCAAAACGGUGAAUUUAGAUUUGACCGAGGCCGCUAGGAGACGAUUUUUCCAAAUUCAUGAGUUAGAGGCGCUUCGUGACGCCGCGUAUGAUCGUUCUUGGAGUAUAAAGGAAAAGUCGAAAGCUUUGCAUGAUAGGAAGUUGCGAAAGUUGAAGGAGUUUAAAGUGGGCGAUCAAGUGUUAUUGUUCAACUCGAGGUUGAAGUUGAUUGCCGGAAAGUUGAAGUCGAGAUGGUCCGGGCCGUACGUCGUGAAGGAGGUUUUCCCGUACGGCACCGUCGAGUUGUUUGAUGAAGCGAUUUCACAUGUGUGGAAGGUAAAUGGGCAUAGGUUGAAACAUUACAUAGGGGGUCCCAUCGACACCGCCGAAGAGGAAACCAUUCCUCUUUCGGACCCGCCUAGCACCGCCACGUAG